UUCAGACUAGCCUCUGCACGACUCUUCGAAACCUCACCUAGGCAGUAUCGAGUAGCCCAUCACUAGUUUGAUCUUAUGAAACUCUCGCGCUCCGACUUCUUCACGGCCAUAACAUCAAGCAAAGGUGCGGAAGGGCUUUCCUAUUUCACUUGGCCAUUCACUGAGGUGUCUAAUGGCCUCCAGCUCAGGGCUGUCCAUGUGAGAAGUCAAUCUGAGAAGAGAAGGGCAGACACUUAAAGAGAGAGAAGAGUUUCCCACAGAGCAUGGCCUCUGUGAAAGAAGAUGGUGUGUAUGAAAGAACUGUGGACAUUAAAGAAGAGGACUGUGAGCGGCUCACACCAGAGGAUAUGAGUGUGAAGCUGGAGGAUCACGAAGAAAGAAUUUCAGUUUUUAAAGAGGAGGAGGAGUGCAAGGGGGUGACUGCUGCCAUUAAAGCUGAUGAUUUGAAUGAUUUCGCCAUUGGUCAUGAACUUCAAAUGCAUGAUACUGUGGAUAUUUUCAAGCAAGAUGCCUGUGAAGAAUCUCCAAUCAGUUUACAGCCCAUGUCCACUAAUACGGGACGACUGGCUACGCAGGAGAAUUCUGUAGAGUUUGAAUCAGAGUUAUCAGAGUCUGAAGAGAAAAUCACCGAGGGAAAUGGGAGAGAAGGAGAAGAGUCACCUGGGAGUGUUGGAAUAAAUUUACAGAAGAAUGUCAGCUUCUCUCCACCUUCAUUUGGUCAGCCCUCUUUUCAAUACAAAGCGAAAGGUAUGAAGAAAUCAGCAAGAGGAUCACAGAACCUGACAGCAGCCUUUUUGCAGUGCAGUUCUCUCCCUGCUACUUCAGUAACACAGACAGAAGCCAUCAAAACCGAUCGACAGCAAGUGGAGAAAGAAAUCCAAAUUCAUUCUGGAAAAAAAUGUUUGGAAUGUGGUAAACGUUUCACACACAAAAGUGAUCUUAAUAAGCAUAUGAAGAUUCACAAUGGAGAAAAAGCAUAUUACUGUUCAGAAUGUGGUAAGUCUUUCCAAAGGAGAAGCAAUCUUCAGAACCACAGGAGAAUCCACACAGUGAAAAUUCCUCAUUGCUGUUCAGAAUGUGGUAAGUCUUUCCAUAGGAGAAGCCAUCUUGAGAGGCACAUAAGAAUCCACACAGGAGAAAAACCUUAUUGUUGUCUAGAAUGUGGUAAGUCCUUCUCAAGGAAAGACGGUCUUCAGGACCACAGAAUAAUCCACACAGGAGAAAAAACUAAUUGUUGUCCAGAUUGUGGCAUGUCGUUGUCAAGGAGAAGCGAUCUUCAUAGACACCGAAGAAUCCACACAGGAGAAAAACCUCAUUGUUGUCCAGAAUGUGGUGAGUUGUUCUCAUGUAUAAGUGGUCUUCAGAGACACACAAGAAUCCACACAGGAGAAAAGCCUCACUAUGAAGUAGCGGCCCUGAAGCACCACAAGCUGGUUGAUUCUGAUAGAAAUCUGAAGGAGAAACUCUGUGAGAAACAUCAGAAAAGUCUGGAAUUGUUUUGUAAAACUGAUGAGAUGUGUAUCUGCAUGAUGUGUGGAAUGACUGAACAUGAUGGUCAUGAAAAGGUUGAGCAGAAGACAGAAAGAGAAGGAAAACAGAAACAGCUGGGGGCGACACUAAGGGGAAUUAGGAAAAGACUUGAAGAGAAAGAGAAGAAACUGAGGGAGACGAGGAAGACAACGGACGAGAUGAAGCUUUCUGUGGAAAGAGUGAUGAGGGAACACGAGAAGAGCUUCACUGAUCUGAUUCACUGCAUUGAGGAAGCCCACAAGAAAUUGACAGAGAGGAUCACAGAACAAGAAAAGAGAGAAAUGGAGAAGGCUGAAGGAGUCAUGAAGCAACUGGAGAAGGAGAUUGAGGAGCUGAAGAGGAGAGAAGCUGAGCUGAAAGAACUUUCAGAGACCAAGGACCAUCUCCACUUUCUAAAGACUUUCUCACCUUACUGUGUCCUUCCUGCUAAUGGAGACUCGCUCAGCUUUACUGUCACGGCUGAGUUUUCUUCUGAGGACCUGCUAAAGGAGCUGUCAGGUCUGAAAGAGAGUCUGGAAAGGAUCAUCCAGCAGGACAUCCUGACAAGGACUCCACCAGGUCCUGAAGCUCCAAUCUUCACCCUACAGCCUCCUGAACCUCAGAGCAGAGAGGAGUUUUUACAAUACGUCUGUCCCCUCACACUGGACAUCAACACGGCACACAGAGACCUCCGUCUGUCUGAAGGGAACAAGAAGGUGACAUAUGAGGGGACAAAAGCCGAAUAUCCUGAUCAUCCUGACAGAUUUGACCACUGUGUCCAAGUUCUGUGCAGAGAGGCUCUGACUGGAACUCGCUGUUACUGGGAGGUGCAGUGCAGUGGACGCUUCAUGAAGAUUGGAGUCGCAUAUAAAGGACUGAGCAGGAAAGGAGAUAGCGUGGAGUGCGGCCUUGGAUACAACGACAAGUCCUGGUGUUUGUGGUGUUUUAAAUCCCGGUACUCUGUGCAUCACAAUAACAAGCAGACUGUAAUCAGCACCCCCUACAGACCCAGAAUAGGUGUGUAUCUGGACUGGCCUGCUGGCUCUCUGUCAUUUUAUAGCGUCUCACACACAAUGACCCUCCUGCACACGUUCAACACCUCCUUCACUGAGCCCCUCUAUCCAGGGUUUAGUGUUGGUUUUAAUUCCAGUGUAACAAUCAGCCGUCUGACACCAUGUGACCACUGACCAGUACCCUCCACCGGUCACUUGAUGUCCCCACAAGCUCAGGUCCUCUUUGAGUUUGUAGUUUAGGGUGAAAAUAAUUUUACACGAUAUGUGGGUUGGAGGGGGCAGCACCUCUGUGAUUGAAUUUGUGGAUGAGAAUGUGGAUGGGGGGGGUCUCCAUUAUUAUUGGGUUUGAGUAGCCAAUCAGGUGUGUGUGUCAUAGUGAGGGGCGGAGACUCGUCAGACCUACAAAUACCAGUCUGACCAGCAGGGGUCACUGUUGAUUUACGGCCACAUGUCCUUCAGGCUGACACCCCAACAACUACUGAGGUCCCCAAGUGUCACUGAAUGUCACCUGUUAAGUAGGACAGGCAUGAGGUCCUGUUGGAUCAGCACAACUGAAAGGCGCUAUACAGACUCGGUAUGGCGAGCUCUUGAAUAGUGACUAUAUGUAGGAGCAGAGAGUGACAGAUGGCACUGGAGUGUUGUCCAGUCACCAGACAUGUUGUGACCCUCCAUUGGUCACUCAAAGGGUCCUUCACUUCAGAAUGAAUUCACUGUGACUGUCUGAAGACGAGGACUCACCGGUCAGUCAGAUGUCGGCCAUACUGACAGAGUUUGGUGUUUUAGUUGAUGUCACGUUAAACUUUAAACUGCACCUCCUCCUUGUCCUCAGGUUUGUCACUCUUGUUACCCUGAAAGCUCCAACAUCUUCAAAAAAUGAAUUCUUGGUCAGUUGGCACACACUUGACAUGGGAGCACAUGUGUGGCUUUACAGUGGACUGGCACCCCGUCCAGGGUUGGCCCACCUUGUCCACAAACCUGAAAUUGAAAAGCGGAUAAGAAAGACAACGAAUGGACAGAAGGGGUCACUGAUUGGUCAGUCGCCACACUACUGCCUCUUGUGGCCACUCUAAAUAUUACACAGCAAUUUAUACAAAAAGGAAAUCUAAAAGAUAAAAACAGAAAGCAUUCAGUGAAAUCCUGAGCAGUGAAACAUGAAAGGAGAGAAUGAGAAACAAUCAGAGAGUCAGACGAAUGGAGACUUUAACAGGAGGACUGAGGGGUGGGACUGAAGUGCAGUGGCGCCCUCUAGUGGACACCCGCCAUAUUACACACAUGGGAAAGGGGGGAGAAAAGAAUACAGUGCAGUGUAAAAGAAAUAAGAAUAAAGUAAAAACACAAGAAUAAAACACCUGAAAUAAAGAACUUGAAAUAUUAUAUCUAAAACUAAUUAAGAUUUAAAUGAAUUAAGAGCAAAAUAAGGACGACACGAUCACACAGUCACGUGACCUUCAGAGCUGACAGCUGAGCUGAUUCUUCUGUAGCCAAACUGCCCCCUCUAGUGGCCACUCUCAAUAUUAAAUGAAUGGCAAGGCUGAGGGGAGGAAAGAUUUGGGUUUGAUCAAAUGGAUAUUUAGUGCAGAUUUCUUAAUAUUGUCAUUAGCUUUAAGGACAGUGCAGCUUUGUUAGGUUAUGGAAGAUUCUCGAAUCGAAAAGAACCAGUAUU